AUGGGAGAUAGUCAAUACUCGUUUUCUCUUACAACAUUUAGUCCUUCUGGAAAGCUUGUUCAGAUUGAGCAUGCUUUGACUGCUGUUGGCUCUGGACAAACUUCGCUUGGAAUUAAAGCUGCAAAUGGAGUUGUCAUUGCAACAGAGAAGAAACUGCCGUCUAUUUUGGUUGAUGAAUCAUCAGUCCAGAAAAUUCAGUUAUUAACACCAAAUAUUGGUGUUGUUUACAGUGGCAUGGGUCCUGAUUUCCGAGUUCUGGUACGAAAAAGCAGGAAACAGGCUGAGCAGUAUCACCGAUUAUAUAAAGAACCAAUCCCUGUCACUCAACUAGUAAGGGAAGUUGCCGCAGUUAUGCAGGAAUUUACUCAGUCCGGUGGUGUUAGGCCUUUUGGAGUGUCUUUGCUAGUUGCUGGAUUUGAUGAUAAUGGACCACAACUAUAUCAGGUUGAUCCAUCUGGUUCAUAUUUUUCUUGGAAAGCUUCUGCAAUGGGGAAAAAUGUUUCUAAUGCUAAGACAUUUCUUGAAAAGAGGUACACGGAUGAUAUGGAGCUCGAUGAUGCAGUUCACACAGCAAUAUUGACACUGAAGGAAGGGUUUGAGGGACAAAUCUCAGCAAAAAACAUUGAAAUUGGCAUAAUUGGCGCUGACAAAAAGUUCAGGGUAUUGACACCAGCUGAAAUUGAUGAUUAUUUGGGUGAAGUAGAAUGA